AUGCGACGUCGCUCAGACGGCUCUGAUUCCCUCCUUCUACCCACUCCUCCGCUUUCGGCUCCCCUGUCUGAGUCCUUCGGCUCCUCCACUGGCAUUGAAGCCUGGCUCAAUAAUAUCUAUACAUCGCAACAUUCCCGCACUUUGAAGCGAAAGCACCAGCAAUUCUGCCCGUCUCAAUCUCAAGGUAGUCCAAAGCGGGUUCGGAGAAGCGCUCGCAUCGCAAAAGCCGGCCAGAAAGGCUUCGCGAUGCCACCAAGAAUCAAUGAGCUCAAAGUAUGUCAUUCCCGCACAAACGCAUUGCACUCUCCGUCAUGUAUGCUGACGGUAUGGCAGGAUGCUGCUAGUAUCCCUGUGACCCCUCCUCAAUCAAGCCUACACGAUGGCAGCCUCCGUUCUCGCGCCCCUACCUUACCUACGUCACAUAGCACCGGCAUUACUACAGACCCCACCGAAAUCCGCCAACGGCUGCAAAAUCACCACAUGUACCAGAGCCCUGGCCGCUUGGAAAAGCUGCACAAUGACUCUUAUAAAAUGAUUAAAGAGAAGAUCACUCGGGUCCUAGACAUCGAAAUGGGUCAGCAAUCUAUUGAGCGUUUUACAAGGAUUUAUAACAAAUAUCACGGACUCGAUGAGGACUCGUAUCUUGCCGCAAUCUUGCCCCUUUUGGCUCCUCAGCAGAGAAAGGUGCUAGACGUACCUGGAGAGCAGGAAGUCUGGGGGGACGCUGGAGCUGGGCCUCUCCAUCCCGGGCGAAAGUACAAGCUGAAGGAUUGGGACGAGGAUGGUGUGAUAAUGGCUGUCAACAAGCAAUACAAAGACGGCUUUGUCCCCUACUGCGGCGACGAGGCCUUGGCGAAGGAGAUGAAAAAGGAAGAUGGAAUUACGAACCCCAAGCCGGAUCGUGUGUUUGGCCUCGAAGAAGCUCUUUUUGAAUUGCCAAAAGGCUACAGGCUGUACGACGACAUGGCAUGGCUAUUGACUAUGAUUGCCGGAGUCUUCCACGCAUUCUUUCUGAUCGAGGGAAAAAGCAAUAAGGGUCUUAUGGACAUAGCCAAGAACCAAGCCUGCAGAGCAGCAGCGACCCUCAUCUUCCAGCUACGUCUGUUUCUCGACGCGAUUGAGGUCCCAGACAUCGAAAAAGGCUUGGAUAAACGAACAUAUAUCUUUUCAAUGACUCUCGACGCAAAUUUCGCUAUAAUCUGGAUCCAUUACGCCGAUAAACAGGACGAUGGAACCAUCCAUUACUAUAUGGAGAGGAUAGCCCACGGCAUGAUAGAAUCUGAAGAAGAUGUGAUCAAAAUACAACGAUGCAUCAACAAUAUACAAAGCUGGGGCUCUGUUGAGCGCAAGAACGAAAUCCUCCAAUACCACAAGAACUAUCUCCAUCCGCAUCUUAAGGCUGUCCAAGCCGGACGCGUUGCUAAGAAGAAAUUCGAACACGAGACGCUGGCAGCCGAAAAAGCGUCCGUUGCAGAACAAAGAGCAGCUGAAAAGCAGGCCAAGGCCGCCGAGAAGAAGACGUUGGCAGAAGCAAAGAAGGCGGAAACGAGGAAGAAACCACAGCCACCAGCCCCUUCGACGAGGAAGGGAUUACGUUCCCAGGCAAAGAGAAAAAACAGGAAUGACACAAUAGCGGUAAUGACGACACGACCAGUAUGCAAGACAUGA